AUGGUUCUUCAAUACCUUAAACGCUCUGCCGACAAAAACCCUUACAUCUUUGUCAGCUUCGUCAUUGCUGCCAUUGGUCCGGCUCUUGUCGUCGGUGUCCCACCGAUCCGUAAGAGUAUGGGUUAUGUCAGUCCAGCUCGUAUUCCUGAGACUUAUCCAUUGCCUAGGCGUGCUCGCAAUCCCCCAUCUGGAUACGAGGAUUAA